AUGAAGCCACUCGCUCGUUCUACCAUCCCCUUGUUCGCCAGUGUCCUCACAGCCAACGCCUUCCAAUUCCCCGAUUGCAUCAACGGCGUUCUAGCCAAAACCAAAGCAUGCGAUUCCACGGCCUCAGCACCCGACCGCGCAGCAUCGUUGGUUGAACAGCUAACCAUCGACGAGAAGCUCGUCAACCUCGUUGACCAAAGCAAAGGCGCCCCCCGUCUCGGUCUGCCCCCCUACGCCUGGUGGUCCGAAGGCCUACACGGCGUCGCCGGCUCCCCAGGCGUCGUCUUCAACACUUCAGGCUACCCCUUCUCCUACGCCACCUCCUUCGCCAACGUCAUCACCCUAGGCGCCGCCCUCGAUGACGACCUUGUGUACGAAGUCGGCACAGCCAUCAGCACCGAAGCCCGCGCCUUUGCCAAAUUUGGUUUCGGCGGAUUAGAUUACUGGACACCCAACAUCAACCCGUACAAAGACCCACGAUGGGGGCGCGGGGCGGAAACGCCCGGGGAGGAUCCGCUGAGGAUUAAGGGGUAUGUGAAGGCGAUGGUUGCCGGGCUGGAGGGCAAUGGGACGGUGAGGAAAGUGAUUGCGACUUGCAAACACUUUGCUGCGUACGAUUUGGAGAGGUGGAGGGGUCUGACGAGGUAUGACUUUGAUGCGGUGGUCAGUCUGCAGGAUCUGAGCGAGUAUUAUUUGCCGCCUUUUCAGCAGUGUGCGAGGGAUUCGAGGGUGGGGAGUAUUAUGUGCAGGUAUGUUUCGUUCUUCCUUCCUCCUUUCCCAUCCUUCCCCCGUCUCGUCACCCGCCAGAGCGGGAACCAGGUCGAUAUUGUUGACAACUUCCGCAGUUACAACGCCCUCAACGGCACCCCCGCCUGCGCAUCAACUUAUCUCAUGACCAACAUCCUUCGUGACCACUGGAACUGGACCAACCACAACAAUUACAUCACCUCCGACUGCAACGCCAUCCAGGAUUUCCUGCCCGACAACCACAAUUUCAGCCAAACCCCCGCCGAAGCCGCCGCUGCCGCUUACAUCGCGGGGACCGACACGGUUUGCGAGGUAUCGGGGUGGCCGCCCUACACCGACGUCGUGGGCGCUUACAACCAGUCUCUUCUCUCGGAGUCCGUGAUUGACACUGCCCUGCGCCGACUAUACGAAGGCUUGAUCCGCGCCGGUUAUCUCGACCACGGUCGUCCCGCCAGCAGCAGCCCCGAUAAGGCCCCGUUCUCUUCACCAGACUUCCUGCCCCUGGACCUAACCGGGAAGACAGUGGCGCUAAUAGGUCACUGGGCCAACGCCACUCGGACCAUCCGUGGUCCGUAUAGUGGUCUACCGCCCUUCUAUCAUAACCCUAUGUACGCGGUGCGGCAGCUUAAACUCUCUUUUUACUACGCCAACGGGCCUGUGGUCAAUUCGACCGAUGCAGAUACCUGGACCGCGGCUGCCAUGCUAGCUGCGGAAAGCGCUGAUGUGGUUUUAUAUUUCGGCGGGACAGACACGACUGUUGCUUCUGAGGAUCUUGAUCGAGAGUCAAUCGCAUGGCCGAAGACGCAAUUGACACUCAUCGAGAAGUUGGCUCAGGUUGGGAAGCCGAUGGUGGUAAUCCAGCUAGGCGAUCAAGUGGAUGACACCCCCUUGCUCAACAACAAGAACAUCUCCUCGAUCUUGUGGGUGGGUUACCCAGGCCAGUCGGGCGGGACGGCGGUGUUUGAUGUUUUGACGGGCAAGAAGGCUUCCGCCGGAAGGCUGCCAGUGACGCAGUACCCGGCUGGGUACGUUGACGAGGUGCCGUUGACGGAGAUGGGGUUGAGGCCUUUUAACCACUCCUCCAGUACCACCUCCUCUGAUGUCAGCCAGUCCGGUGUUGAAGAGGGCAACGGCCUGACAAUCCAAACCCGCUCAACACGCGGUAACAAAACCCUCUCCUCCCCCGGCCGGACCUACAAGUGGUACCCCCGCCCUGUCCUGCCCUUCGGUUACGGACUUCAUUACACCCCUUUUAACAUCUCCCUUUCGCUUUCUACCUCCUCCAACGCCUCCUCCACCACAGAUAAUACCUCAAUCUCCAUCCGCUCCCUCCUAACCUCCCAAACCUGCACAGCCAUCCACCUCGACCUCUGCCCCUUCUCCCCCUUCUCAGUCUCCAUAACCAACACCGGCUCCCAUACAUCCGACUACGUCGCCCUCCUCUUCUUGUCAGGUAAAUUCGGACCUAAGCCGGACCCGCUCAAGACGCUGGUAGGAUACAAGCGGGUGAAGGACAUCAAGCCGGGGGAGACAAGGGUGGUUGGUGGUGAGGAUAUCCCGGUGAACUUGGCUGCUGUUGCUAGGGUUGAUGGGAAUGGAAAUACGGUGUUGUAUCCGGGGACUUAUAAGUUUCGUUUGGAUGUGGACUUGGAGGAGGAAGGGGAUGAUGGGCUGUUGGUGGGGAAGAGGGAUGUGGUGGUUGAGUUAGUUGGGGAGGAGAAGGUUUUGGAUGAGUUUCCGCAGCCUAAGUCAUAG